CUCUCUCCAGCCAAUAACAUUUGUUUCUACGGCGAGUGCUCCUACUACUGCUCUACUGAGCAUGCUCUGUGUGGGAAGCCAGACCAGAUCGAGGGUUCUCUGGCUGCCUUCCUGCCAGACCUGGCCCUGGCCAAACGCAAGACCUGGAGGAACCCUUGGAGACGAUCCUACCACAAACGCAAGAAAGCAGAGUGGGAGGUGGACCCAGACUACUGUGACGAGGUGAAGCAGACUCCUCCCUAUGACCGUGGUUCUCGUCUGCUGGACAUCAUGGACAUGACCAUCUUUGACUUCCUCAUGGGUAACAUGGACCGGCACCAUUACGAGACUUUUGACAAGUUUGGAAACGAGACCUUCAUCAUCCAUCUGGACAAUGGAAGAGGGUUUGGGAAACACUCCCAUGAUGAGCUCUCCAUCCUGGUGCCUCUGAGCCAAUGCUGCAGAGUGAGGAAGUCGACCCACUUGCGUCUGCAGCUGCUCGCCAAGGAGGAGUACCAGCUGAGCCGCCUGAUGGAGGAGUCCCUGCUGCGUGACCGCCUCCACCCCGUCCUCAUCCAGCCCCACCUGGAGGCCAUGGACCGGAGGCUGCGCCUGGUGCUCCAGGUCCUGGCUGUCUGCGUGGAGAAGGAGGGCUACAGUAACGUGGUGGAGGUGGACGACCACCACCGGGCCAGAGAAGCCAGAGGGGGCAGGGACACAGCCACCCACAGGAACCCAGGGCACAGGUAGUGAGGCCUGGCUAGGAAGAGAGGGAGAUGGGGGGUGGAGGGGUGGUACCCCUGGUUCUCCCGCUCCUGCCCAUCCUGGACCUCCAAAGAAACUACCGUUGAUGGUGAACCAACCAUGGGUGUCUGGUCUCACGGAGAGACUGACUGGAUCCUGUGACUGUGCGGGAGCCACCAUUUUGAAUUCAGUGAAUUCCGAGACUUGCCGUCAAUGCCUCUAUGGAACCUCCCAUGUACGUGUGUUUAUAUAUAGGUACUGUUGGUCCACAGAUAUAGCAGUGAGCUGAGGAGAGAAGAGCCCUGGGCUUUGCUAAGUACCAAUGUUUUAUUACUUCUCUUGGACAUGAUAAAUAGGGAACAUUUUGAUUUUACUUUGUUGGUUUUCUUGUUUUAUUUUUGGGGGGUUGUUUGAAUGCGAAGGCUAUCAUUGUUUGCUCGGGUUAGCGCUAAGCUAGCUACAGUAUAUUUACACAACCAAAUGAGAUUUUACUUUAACAAGUUCAAAUGUGGUUUGAGAUUAAUUUAUGCACAGUAACUGGAGGAAUGGAAUAGAAGGUUUAUAAAGCUUUCAUUUUAUCGAGAGUAUGAAAAUAAUAUAGUAUAUUAUUUAUGAUGAAUAUCAGUGUGACCGUUAUUUAUCAGUUACCUCCAUUUUCAACCCAUCACUAUCUAUGACUUUGCUUAUAGGCCUCCAUUACUAUGAGACAUUAUACAAUAGGCUGUUUACAGUACAGAAAGUACCUGGUAUUUACUAAGGAAUUACAUGGUAAAAUGGUAAUUGUACAGUAAUACCCCAUUAAUUACUACAUAAAGUACUCAUUUGGUACUUUGGGAUUCAAACAAGCAUUUAAAUAUACACCAUUUUGAUCCAGGUAGUUCCCAAUUGUGGUGAAUUUUAAGCAUAAAGUAUAGUGAAAGCCCCAGCUAGAACUCAGUGAUGCCACAUAGUUUCCUAAUAAGUACCACCUAAAUACCUGUCGAAGCAGUACACCAUUAAAGAAAGUGCUACCGGUUUCGUUUUCAAUAAAGCUUUCAGUUCAACUUAAAUUCAGUGUUCAAAGCCUGGAUGGAAGCAGCUUAAACAAGGGCUCUUAUUGAAGCACCUCUCAGCAGCCCAGAAGUUGACUCGUGUUGAGUGCCCUUGCCCUCGUCCAUUAAUAUUAGAUAUCAUCCAAUCUUUCCAUUUCUUUUCAUCAAAGCCUUCCAUCAAAAUGUGUCACUCGUUCAUGGUUGGCACUUAAGAUAAUUGCUGCCCCAUUUAUUCACAAAUUCUGCAUGUUUGACUGAGGAACUUCUAAAUCAAUGCUUUGCUGAAAUGGCUGGAAUGAAAACAUGCUGCGUGGUUUACUAGGACAUGUUUUUCAAGGACAUGAGAAUAGCCUUUACAGGAAGUUGUGAUAGAUGAUGACAGUGUGACCGACAUGACUGAAAUGUUUGUUUUUGCUUAGAUCUGACGUUAGCUGAGCCUCUGUUCUGGUCUCAGAGAUCUGACGUUAGCUGAGCCUCUGUUCUGGUCUCAGAGAUCUGACGUUAGCUGAGCCUCUGUUCUGGUCUCAGAGAUCUGACGUUAGCUGAGCCUCUGUUCUGGUCUCAGAGAUCUCACAUUAGCUGAGCCUCUGUUCUGGUCUCAGAGAUCUCACGUUAGCUGAGCCUCUGUUCUGGUCUCAGAGAUCUCACGUUAGCUGAGCCUAUCUGUUCUGGUCUCAGAGAUCUCACGUUAGCUGAGCCUCUGUUCUGGUCUCAGAGUUCUUACGUUAGCUGAGCCUCUCUGUUCUGGUCUCAGAGAUCUCACGUUAGCUGAGCCUCUCUGUUCUGGUCUCAGAGAUCUGACGUUAGCUGAGCCUAUCUGUUCUGGUCUCAGAGAUCUCACGUUAGCUGAGCCUCUCUGUUCUGGUCUCAGAGAUCUCACGUUAGCUGAGCCUCUGUUCUGGUCUCAGAGAUCUCAUGUUAGCUGAGCCUAUCUGUUCUGGUCUCAGAGAUCUCACGUUAGCUGAGCCUCUCUGUUCUGGUCUCAGAGAUCUGACGUUAGCUGAGCCUAUCUGUUCUGGUCUCAGAGAUCUCACGUUAGCUGAGCCUAUCUGUUCUGGUCUCAGAGAUCUCACGUUAGCUGAGCCUCUGUUCUGGUCUCAGAGAUCUCACGUUAGCUGAGCCUAUCUGUUCUGGUCUCAGAGAUCUCACGUUAGCUGAGCCUAUCUGUUCUGGUCUCAGAGAUCUCACGUUAGCUGAGCCUCUGUUCUGGUCUCAGCUGGCAUGGCAGUCCUGGCUUACAGGAUGUGGAUACAAAGGGUACCUCCCAAAUGACAUCCUAACCCCAUAGGGCUCUGGUCAAAAGUAGUGCACUAUAUAUGGAAUAGGGUGCCAUUUGGGAUUCAUUCAAAUAAUAAUAAUAAUACUGGACUAUGUAAAUACUGCCAUAAGAGAAUAUCAGUCUGACACUAUUCAUUUAAUAGGCCUUCGAGGUCUUGGUAAAAAUCCCCAUGUAUCUGCAUAUCAUGUAACAAAUGAGAGAUUUUUACUGUUUUCCCCCCAAAAUACAUGAUCUCUUUGCUUUAUCCCCACGUGAGAUUAUUUUAUUACCAACAAUCUCUCACCAGUUUUGCUCACACUUCACGCAGCCUCAAGUUGACGUCAGUAACACCGAAAUGAUUAUUUGGGAGAAAUAGUCUAGUCUCUAUCCAUGUGGAUGUAAAGAUAGGUUGGAACUGUGAUUACAGUGUAUACCAGUAUACAAGUCAGAUGCACUACCCCGUUGUCAUGCCAUUCAUCUUUUAUACCAACUAAAGUUACCAUUACAACCCCAAACAAAUGUCAAAUGCAGUUUCCUGUUACAGUCCAGGCUACACAGUCACACACAAUGUUCCUGUUGUAUUGUUCAACACUUUUCAACACAUAGGAUUUAUUGACGUGUCAUAACAUUUAAACAUGGAUGUGGAAAUAAGGGGUGUGCUCAAAGGUUUUUCUUUUUUUGAAACAUUUCUCUUUAUGUUUUGGUACUAAUUAUGUUUUGGUACUCAUUAUGUUUUGGUACUCAUUAUGUUUUGGUACUCAUUAUGUUUUGGUACUAAUUAUGUUUUGGUACUCAUUAUGUGUUGGUACUAAUUAUGUUUUGGUACUAAUUAUGUGUUGGUACUAAUUAUGUUUUGGUACUCAUUAUGUUUUGGUACUAAUUAUGUUUUGGUACUCAUUAUGUUUUGGUACUCAUUAUGUUUUGGUACUAAUUAUGUUUUGGUACUCAUUAUGUUUUGGUACUCAUUAUGUUUUGGUACUAAUUAUGUUUUGGUACUCAUUAUGUUUUGGUACUAAUUAUGUUUUGGUACUCAUUAUGUUUUGGUACUCAUUAUGUUUUGGUACUCAUUAUGUUUUGGUACUCAUUAUGUUUUGGUACUCAUUAUGUUUUGGUACUCAUUAUGUUUUGGUACUAUUUACUGUUAUGUCCAUUUUAUGAUCUGAAAAGCUGUCUUUGAUUGCAGGAAGCGUUGAGCUCUAUACAGGCGUUCUAUAUUCCACCAAUAGCCCCUAGAAUCUGGCUACGUAUGGCUAACCUGGUGCCUGUGGAAUGUUGGGUGUACUGAAUGUUUCAGGUGGCCAUACGAACAGGACUACAACUACAUAGAUUUCACACUACAGCCUGUUUGACCUGGAUCCUCAGACUAAGUUGAAAGAGUUAACAUUCUACAUUUACGUUUGAGUCAUUUAGCAGAUGCUCUUAUCCAGAGUGACUUACAGUACUGAGUGCAUACAUUUUUGCAUACUUUUUUGUACUGGUCCUCCGUGGGAAUCGAACCCACAACCCUGGAGUUGCUCUACCAACUCAGCCUUCUCCCCCCUUCAUACAGCAGCAGUUAAAGGGUUAACUCAGCCCUGGGUGUUGUACUUGCGAUUUUCAUAUUGUCACUGUAAAUAUCUAUAAAUAUAUUGGAAGACCUAAGAGGCUGCAGUGCCGCAGCGAUACGCUUCUGUUCUGUUUUCUCCUAUUGCAUUGUUGCUGUGAACAUCUGUUAGCUAAAUGAUAAAGGUGUGCAAUAAAACAAUUACAACAAAGA